UGGAACCUGACCUAUUCUCAGCCAUGGCUAAAAGGAUCCCGUCGCCGGCUGCGCCCCAGAUCAGCGACGGCUAUAUCAGAAGACGGCCAGUUCCAUAAGAGGAGGGCGGCCGUGGUGACCUCGCCUUAACCACGGUUAUUAGUUUAACCCGUCCCUUGGGUCGAGGGCGAGUUAAGCCUAUAGCUGGGGACAGCGCCGCGCCGCGUCGCGGCCAAUCGCGACCGUCGGGUCGGCGGACGGCGGCGACGCCUCGGCAGUUGGAUCUCCUCCCCCGGUCCGCCGGAAGAAGCUGAUCCUCCUUCGCUGCCACCCCCCGCACGGCCGCGUGGCCCGGCCUGCCGGAUCUAUGCCAGUUAAUUGUUUAGCAACUCAGUAUCAGAUGCCGUAGCAUCUUAAUGUGUACCCUUGGACAGGCUAAGCCAUCAGUUGAAAAGUUAGCUAACAACGGCUAUAACUUGGAAAACUUGGUUUACUCUCCCUCUUGUUACCAGCUCAAGUAGUGCUUGCCAGGGCACAAGAGAGGAGGUAGUGACAGUUUCCUAUAUCAAUCUAUGCCUCAGAACUUUGAUAAUCCUGUUCAGACACAGAUGGCUGUUGCAGUCCUGGAUCACAGCCUGGGCAGUGAUUACCCCUCGAAGAAAAUAACUGAGGGAAGAUCACUUAGUUGUAAACGUGUGUUUGUCCAAACUGAGAAUGGUUCUGUCCUGGGCAUUGAACUAGAGCCAGGAGAAAAUGCACACACCAUAAAAAAGAAGCUGCAGAUAGCCCUUAAUGUACCCACCGAAGGGAGCUCACUGACAUUCGGUGAUCAAGUUUUAAACAAUGAUCUCAGCUGUAUUCGGAAUGACUCACCAUUGCUUCUCACCAGGAAUCAUAUGCAUAGAAGCUGCUCCACACCUUGCCUCUCUCCCAAAGGAAAGGAAGUUGAGCAGCAUGAUCAGAGUAACGUUAUUGAAAUUUUGGGGUGCUCGAUCCCUUCUACUACAAUGAAGCAGUUGGUUAAGGAUAUUAUUGAGGGAAUUAGAAAUGGUGUUGACCCAAUAGCUGUUAGUGGUGGGAUGGGUGGUGCUUACUACUUCAUGGACACGUGGGGUCAAUGCGUUGCAAUUGUUAAGCCAACUGAUGAGGAACCUUUUGCUCCAAAUAAUCCUAAAGGUUUUGUGGGGAAGUCUCUUGGGCAGCCAGGCCUUAAAAGAUCAGUACGUGUUGGUGAGACAGGGUUCCGAGAGGUCGCUGCAUACCUACUUGACCACAAGAAUUUUGCAAAUGUCCCUCCUACUAUGUUGAUAAAAAUCAUACACAGUGUGUUCCAUGUGAAUGGUAUUGAGUGCAAAAAUAAGGCCAGCAAGAACAGAUCGGAGGCGCGUAACAAGAUUGCCUCAUUGCAGCAGUUCAUCCCACAUGACUAUGACGCUAGUGAUCACGGAACAUCUUGCUUUCCUGUCUCUGCCGUUCACAGGAUUGGCAUACUUGAUAUUAGAAUCUUCAACACGGACAGGCAUGCUGGAAAUCUUCUGGUCAGGAAGCUCAAUACUGGAGCUGGCAAAUUUGAAGCACAGACAGAGCUCAUUCCUAUUGAUCAUGGCCUCUGUCUUCCAGAAAGUCUGGAAGACCCUUACUUUGAGUGGAUUCACUGGCCACAGGCAUCUAUUCCUUUCUCCGAGGAAGAACUUGAGUACAUUGCAAAUCUGGACCCUGUAAAGGAUGCUGAAAUGCUUCGCAUAGAGCUGCCUAUGAUCCAUGAGGCAAGUCUUAGGGUGCUGGUCCUCUCGACAAUAUUUCUCAAGGAGGCUGCAGCUUAUGGCCUCUGCUUGUCCGAGAUAGGGAAGAUGAUGAGCAGACAGUUCACUGGGAAAGAAGAGGAGCCAAGUGAACUCGAGGUUCUGUGCAUGGAAGCAAGGAGUUGGGUUGAGGAAAGAGGAUUGAUUCUUCCAGAAUGUGACUUUGAAGAAGAAGAUUAUGAUGUAGAGUUCACCCAGUUCGAUCUUGACUCUGAAGAUGAUUCAGCUACAUUUGAAACAUCACUUUUCGACAAGUUUGGGUCUAUGGUGGUAAAUUGCAGGAACGCACUGUCAAAAUUAGCUGAGGGCAAUGAAAACGAGGAUGAAGAUGAGGAAGACAAGAAUGAGGUGAGCCAGGAGGAUGCAAGCACUUGCACCAGUCCAGUUCCUAAAUGGACUCCUUCUGCCUCCAAAUUGUCAGUCUCUCUUAAGGGGCUUUGCUUCAGUGGAAGCAGCAAAUGCCACAGUGGUAUUCCAAUGAACAGGGUGAGUACUAAAACUGACUAUAGUUAUAGUGGCUAUCAUAGUGAUUAUCAGUCUGGAGGUCGGAGCGCCAAUGAGAUGCUCCCUCCCAGCUCAAGUUUUGUGAAGCUGUCAGACUUGAGUGCCAAUGAAUGGAGUGCAUUCCUUGAAAAGUUCCAAGAGUUGCUCCCAAUCAUGUUCCAUGACAGGAAGCAAACUGCAGCCCGCGGCCCAUGGGUCACGCAGAGGCUGGGCACUUCAUGCCAGUUUUAAGAACAGGAUGGGUAUGCUUCAAAGGGAACGUAGGCCAAACCUGGGGUACACAUCAGCUGGUGUGUUCUGCCAUGGUAGCAGCUGCGGUCGUCCCGUAUUGGACUACUGGUAGGCGUAAUGAGAAUAAGACCGUCUCAGAUAUGUGUUUUGCAGCAUAAUACUGUUGCGUCUGUGCAUAGGUUUAACACAUGGGUGGUGUGUUGUUAUUUCUGUAUUAUGUCCGGUGAUAUUGGGCAUCAGAUGGGUUGUUUAUGAGGGAGUGCGAUGGAAUUCCUUGUGCUCGGUUAUUGCCAUUGUAAACAUUGUGGACAAAGUUAU